AUGAAUAUGAAGAGUCUAUUUCAUUUUGUCUUUCUUUGCUCUCUUUCCGUUUCCAUUUUAGUUUCUGGUCAACAAUCCCUUGAGUUGCUUAACCUAUGUGAAACAAAUGAAGACAUUGUUCAAGCUUCAUCAAACAGUGAGUUUCCUAUAGCUGUGUCUCUGAACAAUGAAAACCUCAUUCAUGUCUCUAACAACAUUUUACUAGCUGAAACUUGGCUUAGGUCAAAUAUUUUCCCAUUUUACCCUUCUUCGAAAAUCACCAACAUUGUUGGAAAAACCUCAAUUUUCUGUCAACAAGACCAAAACCUAAACCAAAACAACCUUAUUUUGGUUCUGUCUGCUUUGAAAAACCUACAUCAUUCCCUCAAAAGAUGGGGUUUAGAACAAGACAUCAAAGUUUCCAUUGCUCUUGAUUUACAUUGCUUUAACCCAAACACUGAUUUGAAAAUGGUUAGACCCAUGACUGAGUUUCUCCAAUCUGUUAACUCAACAUUCUCCCUCAUCCAAAAUUCAGAUAAAAAUCCAAACUUUAUCACUUCCCACUUAGAAUCCAUGAAAAAGCUUGGAUUUUUCAACCUCAACAACAUCAUAAACACUGCUACCAUUGUCCCAAAAGAGAGAAAAACCAAAACCAGAAAACUUUAUGUCACCACAAUCCCUGUUAAACCAACCCCAUUCCCAGAAAUUGCUCAACCCCCUUUGAAUCUCCCUGUUGGGUCACCAUCAAAUCUACCAAAUUCAGAACCUUUACCACCUUUAGCUCAAAUAGUCUCAUCCCCACCACCAAUUUCUUCUCCUAGUUUCUCCCCUCAAGAACAACCCUCACCACUUCCACCACAGUUUCUUGCUCCUCCUGCUAACUCUCCUCAUUAUGGUUUCACUUUACCACCUUGCAAUCCAGAUUAUACCGGUUCACCUUCACAUUCACCUUCGCCUUAUCCACAAACAGUUCCUGUUCAGAAACUUUGGUGUGUUGCAAAGCCUAGUGUUCCUGAAGAAACAUUGCAACAAGCUUUGGAUUAUGCUUGUGGUGAAGGUGGUGCUGAUUGUAUGGAGAUUACAAACUCACAAGGAAAUUGUUUCUACCCUGAUAAUUUAGUUGCUCAUGCUUCUUAUGCUUUUAAUAGUUACUGGCAGAAACAUAAGAGAAAUGGUGGAACAUGUAACUUUGGAGGAACUGCUAUGUUAAUUCAUUCUGAUCCAAGUUUCCUUCAUUGUAGAUUCAUUCUGAGCUAG